AUGAACUGUGUAUACCAAAAUAGGUCAGGUGUUUGUGGCAUUUGUCAUAAAACAGUGUCUAAGAAGAGCAAGGACAAAUGCUUAACAUGUUUAGCAAAUAUCCAUGCAAAAUGUCUACCUGUGAAUCCAGAGGACAGCAAGUGUCUUUUUUGCAAAGGGCAGGAAAGAAGAAAUCCAGUUAAGGUAGAGGAGAGUACAGGACAAAGCAACCAAGACAACACAGGAGUUCAGGAAAUAGUCAGUUCAGGACAAAAUUAUGAUAAAGUUCAAAGAGAAGAUGAUCCAGGACAAAGCAACAAAGACUAUACAGCUCUUCAUGGAGAAGACAGUUCAAGACAAAGCAGCAGAGACAAAGAAGCUGAGGGAGAAGACAGUUCAGGACAAAGCAGCAGAGACAAAGAAGCUGAGGGAGAGGACAGUUCAGGACAAAGCAGCAGAGACAAAGAAGCUGAGGGAGAGGACAGUUCAGGACAAAGCAGCAGAGACAAAGAAGCUGAGGGAGAAGACAGUUCAGGACAAAGCAGCAGAGACAAAGAAGCUGAGGGAGAGGACAGUUCAGGACAAAGCAGCAGAGACAAAGAAGCUGAGGGAGAGGACAGUUCAGGACAAAGCUGCAGAGACAAAGAAGCUGAGGGAGAAGAUAUUUCAGGACAAAGCAGCAGAGACAAAGAAGCUGAGGGAGAAGAUAUAUCAGGACAAAGCAGCAGAGACAAAGAAGCUGAGGGAGAGGACAGUUCAGGACAAAGCAGCAGAGACAAAGAAGCUGAGGGAGAGGACAGUUCAGGACAAAGCAGCAGAGACAAAGAAGCUGAGGGAGAAGAUAUAUCAGGACAAAGCAGCAGAGACAAAGAAGCUGAGGGAGAAGAUAUAUCAGGACAAAGCAGCAGAGACAAAGAAGCUGAGGGAGAGGACAGUUCAGGACAAAGCAGCAGAGACAAAGAAGCUGAGGGAGAAGAUAUAUCAGGACAAAGCAGCAGAGACAAAGAAGCUGAGGGAGAAGACAGUUCAGGACAAAGCAGCAGAGACAAAGAAGCUGAGGGAGAAGACAGUUCAGGACAAAGCAGCAGAGACAAAGAAGCUGAGGGAGAAGACAGUUCAGGACAAAGCAGCAGAGACAAAGAAGCUGAGGGAGAAGAUAUAUCAGGACAAAGCAGCAGAGACAAAGAAGCUGAGGGAGAAGAUAUAUCAGGACAAAGCAGCAGAGACAAAGAAGCUGAGGGAGAAGAUAUAUCAGGACAAAGCAGCAGAGACAAAGAAGCUGAGGGAGAAGAUAUUUCAGGACAAAGCAGCAGAGACAAAGAAGCUGAGGGAGAAGAUAUAUCAGGACAAAGCAGCAGAGACAAAGAAGCUGAGGGAGAAGAUAUUUCAGGACAAAGUCCAGGAGAUCAGACAAGCCAAUUACCCAACCCACUUGUUAGGACUCCCCCCAUCACUAGUAAUGCCCCAACACACCAGGAGGAAGGAUUCAUCGUGGAAAGUGUUUUAAAAGUAUCAGACUUCCACCAAACAAAAAGAUACCUGGUCACAACUGAUGAACUGCAGAGAAGAUGUGCUCAACCGGAGAGCUACUCUGCAAACACUGUGGUGGCUUAUCUAAGAAAGGCCAAAGGUCAAAAAAGAAACAUAGAACAGAAGUUGGCAGAGUUGGAGGUGAAUCCUUCAAAACGCACAAAGUUAACUUCACUGUGCUCCAAACUUUGUGAAGAUGAAUGUCGUGACCUGGCUGAUGAUAUAACAUAUUUGGCAGCUAAAUUCAUACCCCAGAAGAAAGUGGGUCAAGCCUUGUUAGAGGAUGGAAAUGUCCACGAAGGCAUGGCCAAAACAGAGGACUGCAGAAAGACCCUAAAAGCUGUGGAAAAAGCUUUGGAGACGAACUGGCAUACAUUUGACCUGGCAACUCACGGUCUUGGGCCUGCAGUUAUAAAAGGCACUUUUGAAUUAAUUGAUGCAUGUCUUAAAGAGAAAAUGAAAGCAUUACAAUCAUGAAUUAGAACCAAUUUCAACUGUUUUGUCUGCUUACAUUAUGUUCAUAGUUAUAUACACUAGCUUCAUGCUUGAAACCUUGUUAUAUGCCUACUAACUACAAUAUGUGUUGGUUACUUUGUUGCUAAAAAUACAUUUGGGAUUGUUUUUUUUACUUUGUUAUGUACGUAUUUUAGUUUUUGAAUAUUGUUUUUGUGUGUACAAUGUAAUUGUAAAUAAAGAUUUACAAUCCUUUUUA